GGUGGUGGUGGAAAACACGCCCAUCAGUAUCUUUCGCUGAGGCCGAGGUGUUCAGUCCAUUGCCAUUCUGGAUCGCAGCACCAGCCGCUUACCGAAAUAUCGAUACAUCCUCGAGUUCGCGCUUGGGGCCGACGUUCUGGCUCUCAGCGCCCCCUCGCAAUGACGUGCGCGCGCUCGUCCUUACUGGUGUGCGUGCAGCUGUUCUCGUGCUUGGGCGGCACACGCGCUCUGCAUUCGAGGAGCGUCUCGAGCACCGGGACAACAUGGGCCAAGAUAUACCAGAUCCAGGAUGGUCCAGAAAGCUCGUAUGCCUUCCCCCUCACGACCGGAGCUUAUGGAAACAUUACCAGUUCGGAGAUUGGCUCAAGUCAUGCGAAGUACUCCGACUCGGACAUCAACGCCAUGGCGUCGGCUCGAGACGGCUACACUCACGUUUACCAAAUCAAGAGCUCCGAUUGCGCUUCUUACCUGUACGUGAGGUCGAGCGACAGUUACGUCGACACAUCAGCAUCAUUUGGCCUUACCAAGGAUGAUACUCAAGUGUGUUUGAGUUCAGCGUACGAGUCUUGCUCGACCUGGGCCACAUUACGUUCCACGUUGCACGGCAUAGACUUGCUGUACACAAGCCCGAAUCUCGGUGGGGAGACGUGCUGCCGUUAUUUUUUUGGGCACGGGGCAGUCGAUUGUUAUGCGGGCCCCUCAGGCCACCGCUGCGUCAAGGGUGGCAGCCAGUGCCAGUAUAAGAAGUUGGACCAAGUGGCGUUUUACAUCUGGACGGCGACGCCCAGCCCAACGCCCAGCCCAACGCCCGAGCCGACGUCCAGCCCAACGCCCAGCCCAGCGCCCGAGCCGACUUCUAGCCCAUCGCCUAGCCCAACGCCCGGGCCGACUUCCAGCCCGACUUCGGCCAGUGCGAUGGGUGACCCGCACAUUACCUCCAUUACCGGGGCCAAGUUUGACAUCGUGCGACCAGGCAACCACACGUUGCUUCACAUCCCGCGUUUCUCCACUCAGGGUGACAACCUUAUCGACGUGAGAGGAUUCGUCAAGCACGAGGGGUCGACGUGCCUGGACAUGUACAUUGACUGCUUGCACAUUACUGGCAAGUGGGUGGUCGAGAGGCAGCUCGGAGUCCUGAGUUUCUUCUCCGGCAAGCGUACCGAGCUCAGUGAGAAUUGGCUGACGUUCGGGGUGUUGAAGCUGAAGGUCGUGCACGGUUCGACAUCUGGCGGCACAAAGUACCUCAAUUUGUUUGCCAAGGAUCUGAGCAAGGUACAUUUCUCAAUCGGCGGCAUUCUCGGGCUGGACGACCACAGCCAGGCGGCAACCCGAGAAGAGGAGUGCAAGCGAGCGAUAUCUCUGUUGGUGAACAUGUCAGCUAAUGACCCAUGAUUGUGGCGAAGUUGUGACACUACCAGAUGUCCGUAACUGCAUCUUGAACCCAGUGCUGUCAUUUUGUGCACUCAGUGCAUGGCCUUCGGCGUGCGCUUGGUGCGCCGGCUAGUGGAUGUCCAUCUGCAGAAGCGUGUGGAGAGAGAACGCUAAGACAUCCAAAUUCUUUACGCUUCGCGUAUCCCCACCAGCCCAUCUCACAGCAGCAACUCUCGCGAAGCAUGCCGAUAGUCGUGUUUUUCAGGCGUGUGUCCGCUUGGCCCCGCAUGCCUCCCCUGUUCCUCCUUCCUCCCGCC